CGUAUUUAGUUUACACACAACUCACGACGUCAGAGGGUACAGGGUAAGAAAUUCGUAUAGUUCCAAUUCGAAAGCGAAAGAUUUCAAUCACCUCGCGCACACACUAGUUGCUUUUGGAUCAUCAUCUUCUGUUAUCGGUUCGAAACUUUUUACUCUCGUGUUUCGGUCGCGGAUUUCAAAAUUUCUUUUCGCAAAAUCGUCGAUGGUUUAAUUUCAACAUAGUGAAUGUGGAAAUAAAUCGAGUACGAAUCGUACAAUCACUAAUUCGAUCAUGCCCAAAGCAUUCCUUAUCAACAGGCACAAAUUCAAACGUGAUAAUUAUCGUAAUACUAACGAAUAUCACAAUCAUGAUGUUCUCGAUAAACAAGCCAAAGACGAAGACGAAGAACGAGGAGUCGAUAAUGAUGACUGCAAAGAUAUCACGACUGCUUGCAGCUCGAACGAGAAUGAAAAAGCUCGAGAAUCAGUUACCGAAACGAAUAUCAAUUUAAAUAAGUAUUUGGAUUCGAAAUUGAACGAUUAUCAAGACGACUACUUGUACAAUUUGAAACGUUUGGCCGAAAUUACCUUAGCUUAUUUUAAUACUCAAGACGGCAGCUCACGAAAAACAGAGCACAAACCAACGUCAGACACUCAUCGUUGCUGGGAUUGCGGUAAAACCUACAGCACAUCUAGUAACCUGGCCAGACACAGACAAACCCAUCGGUCUCUAGCUGAUAAGAAAGCCAAAAGAUGCGAAUACUGUGGCAAAGUAUACGUUUCGAUACCUGCGUAUUCGAUGCACGUGCGAACCCAUUUGCAAAACUGCAAAUGCACCAUUUGUGGGAAGCGUUUUUCCAGACCUUGGUUGCUGCAGGGUCACAUCAGAACUCAUACAGGAGAAAAACCGUUCAAAUGCUCAAUUUGUGAUAAAGCUUUCGCCGAUAAAUCAAACCUCAGAGCUCAUAUACAAACGCAUUCGUCGUCCAAACCUUACAUUUGCCAUCAUUGCGGUAAAGCUUUCACUCUCAAGUCGUACUUGUACAAGCACGAAGAAUCAUCCUGUCUAGAGACACGUAAAGAAUGCUCGUUAUCGGUGUGCUUUUCCUUGAAUACUCCAACUUCGAUGAGCUUACAGAGUACUGCUGAUGUCUCGUGAUGUGUGGAUGAACAUCGAUUAAAUCAACAAUCAACCCAUCGAGUUCAUACUUAUAUUAUAGUGAUUUUGUUUCGUUGUUUUGUUAUUUUAAAAAGAAGGAAGGAAGCUUUUUUGUAUUUUAGUGUUGUUUAUUUUUGUUUAUGUGUUUCGAAUCGAUUGACUUUUUUGCAAAAAAAAAAAAAUUCGUCGAUUGAUAAUUUGAUCCGAGUUCAAAAAAAAAAACUCGAUGAAUUUUUUUUCAAAUACCUACUAAAGUGAUUUAAUGUAAUGAAAUCGUAUGAAGUUGAUCGUUCAAACAGUGACAAUCGAUAAUCACUUGAAUGGUGUCUAAAAUAAGUUGAAGGCAAUAAUUGUUCUUAUCUGCUGACCGAUUGUUUAAAAAUAUAUAAAAUUUUGUUUUUUA